CUCUCUCUCUCUCUCUCUCUCUGUGUCUCUGUGUCUCUGUGUCUCUUUCUCUGCUAUACCUCCCUGAAUACCAUCACUCUUUCUGGAUCUCUCCUUCUCCACAGCCGAAAGUUCUGGAGUAUUAAGGAGUCUUUAAGUUGCUGUGACCAACUAGGAGAGGACAGGACAAACGAUAGCUACUGCCAAGUGAAGGAGUACUCAAAAUAAAAGGCAUAGUGAUUAAGAGCAGAUCAGAGUGACAUGGCUUUACUGUGUUAUAACAGAGGCUGUGGGGACAGGUAUGAUGAGGACAAAAACUCAGACGACGCCUGUCGUUAUCACCCUGGAGUGCCCAUCUUCCAUGAUGCGCUAAAGGGCUGGUCCUGCUGUAAGAAGAGAACUACAGACUUCUCAGAGUUUCUCUCCAUCAAGGGUUGUGUUCAUGGCCGCCAUAGUAACGUAAAGCCAGAGGAGCCGCUGAGACCGGAGGUGAUGUCUGAUAAAGGCGAACAGAAACACCACAGCAAUGAAGAGAUCAUCUACCAGGGCCCUAAAUCUGCUGAAGCACUGGAGAGAGAAAGACCCAGAUCAGAUGAGCCCAAGACCAAGUUGAAGGUGAAGGUGGCACCUUCUCUGGCACAGAUCCUGGAGAAAAUGGAAAUCGUUGAGAGAGAAAAGAAGGAGAAGAUAGAGAGAGGAGACGUCAUCGUUGGCACAAAGUGCAAGAAUGCAGGUUGCAAAACGCUUUACCAGGGCCCAGAAACAAAUGCCGAGACCUGUAUGCAUCACCCUGGAGCACCAGUCUUUCAUGAGGGAUACAAAUAUUGGAGCUGCUGCUGCAUAAAGACCAUUGACUUCAAUGCUUUUCUGGAGCAGAAGGGCUGUUAUGCAGGCAAACAUUGCUGGAUCCACAAACAGGAUAAGAAGAAGGUGGCAUGUCGACAUGAUUGGCACCAGACUGCCAACCAGGUGGUGGUCACCAUCUAUGCCAAGAAUGCCAACCCUGAGCAUUCCUAUGUGGAGGCCAACCGCACAGUGCUGACAUGUCAUAUUCAGUUUGAAAAUGACAAGGAGUUUCACAAGGACAUCCACCUGUGGGGGGUAGUUGAUGUAAAGAGCAGUUUUGUUAAUAUGGUAGCAACUAAAGUAGAGGUGACCCUGAAGAAGGCAGACCCUGUGGCCUGGGGCAAGCUGGAGGACCCCAAACACAAACCUGAGCCAGAGGUGACGGACAUCACCACAGAGCCGGAAGACACCAAACCAGACUGUGACAUCUCAGACGAUGACAUCAGCGAGUCAGACUGGGACGAAACAGACGACGAAGAAAAGAAGGAGAACAAGGAAAAUAAAGUGGAUGAGGAAAAGGAGAAAGAAGACGACAGCCUCCCAUUGCUGGAGGAGGCCAAGGAUGUUCCUCCGGAGAAAUAGAGGCCAGUUAGUGUCCACAUAGUGAUUGGACUGUGGUUCCUCUCUUAUAUAACACAUUAGAUCAUUAAUGAUCAAAACAAACCAUGUACAAAAACUUUUUUAAACAUUUGAAUUUAGCUACCACUCACACUGUGUGAACAAUUCAUGAUGAAUGGAAAUUUUCAAAUGACUUCUUGAACAUUCAUUUAAAAGUUAGUUUUUACAUUCUCUCAUAAAGUUACCUUUUAGGAGCCAGCUUUAACAACAAAAACAUAAUACAUCAGUAUAAAUGCUGAUGCAUGUAAAUGUUAAAGGGCCUAUAUCAUGGAAAACUGAAUUUCCCUCACCUUUUCAAAUAAACAUUAAGCUUUCAAAACGUACUAUUUAGUACCAAAUCUGUGACAUUUGGUCAACAUAAGGACACUAAGCUGCUAAAACAACCUGUUUUUCAAUUGUUUCUGUCUGAGUAGCAACUCAUUUACAUAAGCCCACCUAUUCAUCCUACAGCAGUGUAGUCCUGCCUGUUCAUACUGAUGUUCUAAGGAGUGUUUCAGCUCUAAGCUUUUUAAAAGAGGGACAAAAAAGUACAGCUAAUCAGAAGAGAGCUUAUUUAUUAUUAUAUUAAGUAUUAUUAUAUUAAGUAUUAAAGGCACAGUAACAAAAAAAACCAGGCUCUUAAAUACUAAAGGAUGAAGAGGCUGGGAACUUGCCUUAUAAAAAUGAAUAAUGACCCCUUUUCAUACAUAAAGCCGCACAACUGAAGAAAACAAGAAAAAUUUAGGACAUGGGCUCUUUAAAAGCUCUACUUUUUUAUUUUUAUUUUUUUAAUCCAUCAAACUUCUGUAUGAUUAAUGCUUUUGAGUUUGAGAGUACAGGUAAGUCUUAAAUCAACCAUUGUAAAAAAUGAAAUAAAGGAACAAGAGACAUCUUCAAUGUCUACUGGUGUGAAAGGUCAGCAGAAUAGGCAUGAAAUAUGUGUAAGGCUAAAUAUAGUGAUGAGGAAAUGCCACACAAGGAGCGAUGGCCACACUUUAUUUUUGCGUCAAAUUAACAGCAACAAUCCUGGAGUAGAGGUUUUUCGCAGCCAAGGGACGGACCUAGAGCCAUGGAAGCUGCCCAUAUGGCACAAAUGACAAUUUUAAAUAAUUCAAAAAGAUAAAUAAUAAACUUCAAGAGUAAACAGUAAACUUUAAGCAGUAGUCUUGCUAUUAGCUGUAAUUAUGGAUAACCAAAAAAGGUGUGAUAGGUCUCUUUUUCGGUGCCCCUUAUAGAAGAAAAAAAAAGUUUUCAUGUGGGUCACAGAACCAUUGGUUUUUCCAUGUACCUUGCUUUGCUAACACUAUUGAAAUAGUUUGACACUUUUAGGAGACAACUGGAACAUUUUUCUCCAAACAGUGAGCUUUGAUCACACACAGCGAGAAUCUUCAUACACACACAUGUAAUUAUUACAGUUUGCAUCAAGACCGUUUUUGUUUUGUUUUUUGUUUGUUUGUUUUUUUUGUUUGUUUUUUUCCCUUCCAUUCAAGAAAUACUGUUACACGUUGGCUCACGAACAUCUGUGAAUGAUUGUUAUUUAUGCUUCCCUUUUUGCCUCAGUUCUGGGAGAAAACUUAAAAUUGUACCACAUGUAUUUCACCCUAAAGACAAUUUAUCUGUCAUUUUAUAAAUGCUGAUCUUGAGCCAUACAUUACUCAACUUCAGAAUCAAAGUUUGUCUUCAUUUACGCUAAGAAAAUGACUGAUUUCCACAUAGAUUAUAUAACAUUAUAUAACAUGGAAAUAUUCAAACCUUAUGCAAGAUUGAAAUCCAGCCCUUUAAAUAGAGACAUGGGUCUAAUGUUCAUUAAAUCUGACAAUAUAUUAGUCUUCUGUUACACAUUUCUCAAUAGAUUUGCCUUAAAUAGGGAUACACUUUUCAUAAUAUGCUUAAAAACAGGAAAAUGUUCAACACACAUCGUUCGUUUGCUUCCGAAAAAAAACAUUUCCUCUUUAAAGUGCAAGGCAGUAAGAUAAAAUACAUUUUGAAAUGUAUGACACUGCAUGAUUUAUUCUUUCCUAAAUGAGAUUCCUCUGAAUAAUAAUAAUAAUAAAAAAAAAAA